AUGGAUUUUUUAAGUGAUGAACAGGUUGGAAAUAUACUAAAUAAUAGUGAUGAAGAUAAUGACGAAGAAUUUUUGAUGCUUGAGACCGAAGAAACGUCAGAUUGCGAAGACAACAUCUCAGUGCAUUCGGAUGAAGAGGAUGUAAUUUCUGGCUCAGAUGACGAUGAUGUGCCAUUGUCACAAAUGCGCGGUAAUGCCUUAAGAGGAAAGAAUGGCCACCUCUGGUCAUCUGUUGCACCAUCUUCAAGUAGAACACCUCAGCGUAAUAUUGUUAGCCUCCAGAGAACUCCACAAGCAAUUAUGGAAGGUAUUCGUGAUGAAAAAGAUGCAUUUAUGUUAUUAUUCUCUAAGCCAAUUGAUUUGAUAGUAAAGUAUACCAAUGAAGAGAUUGGAAGACGUGCUCCUAAGUACAAAGAUCAGCGAUAUACUAAUCAAACUGACUCGAUUGAAAUCCAAGCCCUCAUUGGUCUAUUAUUCUUUUCUGCUAUCAACAAAGAUAAUAGAAAAAGUACUAAAGAAAUGUGGUCGCUAAUGAGUACACCUAUAUACAAGUCUAUAAUGUCUGAGAGUCGAUAUCAAUUUCUACUUCUGUGUCUAAGAUUUGAUGACAAAGACAGUCGUCAUAAAGAAGACCGAUUUGCUCCAAUUCGAGAAGUUUGGACAAUCUUUAUCAACAGUUGCAAAGAGUCUUACAAGCCAAGCGCCUUCGUAACUAUUGACGAGCAGUUAUUAGGUUUUCGAGGAAAGUGUCCCUUUCGCGUCUACAUUUCUUCAAAACCUGACAAAUACGGGAUGAAAGUUGUAGCUAUUUGUGACGCUAAAACUUACUAUAUGUUUGAUGCCAUCCCUUAUAUAGGCAAGGGAACCGAAGCAAAGUCCGCAGCAGACUACGUCACAAAAUUAGCAGAUAGCAUCAAAGGAUCUGGUCGAAACAUAACCUUUGAUAAUUGGUUUACAUCAGUGCCACUUGCUGAUUUACUACUGAAGGAUUACAAGCUGACUUGUAUUGGAACAUUGCGUUAA